CAAAAUCCACUCUUUGACCCAAACAAUGAUCGCUGCAUGGAAAAUUAAUGAAGCCAUAAAAUGUUCAGCGUGCAGACAGAGAUACUGUAGACACGGAUCUGCUCCAGAUCUUCUGGUUUAUCUCCACACAGCGCAUUAACAAUAGCGGGACAUGAUCUAUCUGAACCAGUGAAACUGCUGUGGCAGAGCUUACUGCGUUAAUGUUAGCUUACCUUCUCUAGACCAAGAUUAUUCUUCAGCGUUUUUGUCAAGAAUGACUCUGAAGAUUUCUAUAUUAUAAGUCCAAUGAACCAGGCCAGUUGUAAAUUCAUCUGAGUUUAUUCUUUUUGCAAAAAGGGAGAGAGUCAAAACAAAGUCUCCUCACAGAUCUGUGCUUCGGGUCCCUCUCCUAGCUCAGACACACACAGGCAGUUUUAUAGUAACACACAUAGGAAUUCCAUACAUGGGCAUAACGUAGCAGUGAGGUCAACUUGUUGCUAGGUAACGAAGGUCAAUUCUGUCAUGGGAUGGCACGGGAUGUUUAAACUAACCCAUAUAAGGAGUUGUUUUUGAGCAAAGAACUUAGACAAAGAAAUUCCAGCAGCUUGCUGGACACAGACAUCCUUCAUACUUGAUGCUUCAGAAAAAGAUUUCAAGGCACACACACAUAAUUUUGUAAAUAUUUUCAACAUUUUUCGUUCUCAGUCACAAUGUGCUUCCUCUUCAGCUGUUCAUAUAUCACGUAUCACAUGUUUCACUUUAUGUGCUGUUGUCAAAUUAACUAUCUAAACAUAAUUUACCUUCUACUUGAAAAAGAAGCAUCAGUUUUUUUUUUUUAAAUCGAUGAAACUGUCAUGAUCCAGUGCUUCGGUUUUCCCUGUCAGUCUCCAUGUUCAGGUUAAUCCUCCACAGCUGCUUCAUUUAGUUCAUCAACCUCAGUAUAUUUAGGUGUCUGGUUUUCAGUUCUCAUUGUCAUGUUAUCUGCUCUUCUCUGUUCAUGUCACUGGUUUGUUCUCCUGGUUUUGUCAUGUUUAAGUUUAUUUAGUAAAUGUUUGUUUCUGUCAGUCUUCUCUCCUGCAUUUGGGUCCUUCAUCUACCAACCAUGAGAGAAAUAUGAAAUUCAGGGGACAAGAAGUUUAGAGUUUCUUUGAUUUGGUGUUUGAUCAAUUGAAGACUGAAGGAUCAAAAUGAGUUGUUGCUGUCUUAACUUUUAAUGCAUCUAAAGAGUUAUUUUUUUCAAUUGAAAAUUUUAAAUGUUGAACUUCUUACUGAUAUAAUUUUUUUUUAUUUUUACUGUGGUUUGACAAUACAUAAAGUCCUUUAAAAGAAGGCUCCUUCUUGUGCUUGUGUCUCUACAGUCCUCCCUCAGAAUUAUGUGACUGAAAAUGAUUUCUGGAACCAAGAGAUGAGCGUCAGAGUGGACCAGGAAGAACCAGAACCUCCACAGAUUAAAGAGGAAAUGGAGGAACCAGAACCUCUACAGAUUAAAGAGGACCAGGAGGAACCAGAACCUCCACAGAUGAAAGAGGACCAGGAGGAACCAGAACCUCCACAGAUGAAAGGGGACCAGGAGGAACCAGAGCCACUACAGGUUAAAGAGGAACAAGAGGAACCAGAACCUCUACAGAUUAAAGAGGAACAGGAGGAAUCAGAACCUCCACAGAUGAAAGAGGACCUGGAGGAACCAGAACCUCCACAGAUGAAAGGGGACCAGGAGGAACCAGAGCUACUACAGGUUAAAGAAGACAAAGUGGAGUUGUGCAUCAGUCAGGAUGGAGAGCUGCUUGAUCUGAAGCAGGAGAUUGACACUUUGAAGGAGAUACCUACUUAUGAGGAAAAUGAGACCAGUGAAGCAGAUCUAAACACUCAGCAGAGCUUUAAUAGAACUUAUAGUCAGGAUGAAGAACCUCAUUUAAAUACAGAUGAAGAGAUAGACCCACAGAACAAACAACAAAGGAUUCCAACAAUCUGUAAAGAAUGUGGUAAAGGUUACUUGUCUCAGCUCAGAGUUCAGAUGGGAAUCCAUCAGAAGCCUUUUGUUUGUAAACAAUGCACCAAACGUGGUAAAUUAACUAAUGUCAAAUCACACAUGAGAACUCACACAGGAGAGAAGCCUUUUUCUUGUCAAGAAUGUAAUAAACGUUUUAGUAAAGCAUAUGAUUUAAAAACACAUAUUAGAACUCACACAGGAGAGAAGCCUUUUCUUUGUAAGGAAUGUGGUUCAACUUUCAUUCAAAUAUCUCACCUUUAUUCACACAUGAGAAUUCACACAGGAGAGAAGCCUUUUAUUUGUAAAGAAUGUGAUAAACGUUUUAGACAAAAUUCUGAUUUGAAAAUACAUAUGAGAACUCACACAGGAGAAAAGCCUUUUUUUUGUAAAGAAUGUGCAAAAAGUUUUAGUCAAAAAUCUCACCUUUAUUCACAUAUGAGAACUCAUACAGGAGAGAAACCUUUUACCUGUAAAGAAUGUGAUAAAGGUUUUAGUCUCAUUCGCGAUCUCAGAUCACACAUGAGAACUCACAUAGGAGAGCAGCCUUUUACCUGUAAAAAAUGUGCUGAACGUUUUAGUGACUUUGAUAAUCUCAAAACACACAUGGGAACUCACACAGGAGAGAUGCCUUUUCUACGUAAAGAAUGUGAUAAACAUUUUAGGCAAAAAAAUGAUUUAAAAAAACAUAUGAGAACUCAAACAGGAGAAAAGCCUUUUUUUUGUAAAGAAUGUGCUAAAAGUUUUCGUCAAAAAUCUCACCUUUAUUCACAUAUGAGAACUCACACAGGAGAGAAGCCUUUUACCUGUAAAGAAUGUGAUAACAGUUUUAGUCACAAAUGUAAUCUCAAAAGGCACAUGAGAACUCACACGGGAGAGAAGCCUUUUACCUGUAAAGAAUGUCACAAGAGUUUUAGGCAAAUGCGUAGUCUCAAAACACACGUGAGAACUCACACAGGAGAAAAGCCUUUUUUGUGUACGGAAUGUGACAAAAGUUUUGGUGAAAAAUCAUAUUUGAGAAGACACAUGAGAACUCACACAGGAGAGACAUCUUUUUCUCGUACAUAAUGCAAUUAACAUUUUAGUUUGCGACAGACUAGUGACCUAUCCAGGUGUAUCCUGCCUUUGCCCAUCAGUACCUGAGUUUGGCUCCAGCACCCCAUGACCCCUAUAGCUUUAAGGGGCUAAGAAGAUGAUUAAACUUUUAGUCAAAUAUCUGAUCUCAAUUCACACAUGAAAACUCACACAGGAGAGACGUCUAUUAUCAUCUAGUUAUUAUAAAAUGUUACCGAUUGCUCUAGUAUCAGGCAGUAACAGUGUAGUGUGAACACUAUAUGCUAAUAGCAUUUUUGAGAAUGUUUUAUUUUUUUUUUUUGGUAAAACCGAUGACAUACAGUAAAAAAAACAAUGAACAUUAAACAUUUUCAAGAAUGUUUGUGAAGAACCCCACACAUGCCCAGUUUGCACAUAGCAUAAGAGAUCUUCAUCUCUUGAACGGCUUUUACCAGUUUAAGCAACAGCAUUGUUUGUUGGUUUGAUUUUAGAUUAAAUUUUGCUAAACGACAGUCAAAAAUGAAUGUUCGAUUUUUGUUUUUUGUUUUUUAUGAGUAGAUUUUUUUGUAAAAUAUUUUUUUGGUGAAAGUUGUUAAGUUGACCAUUGUGUCACAGUUUAUGCUAUUUGUUUAAGUCUGUGUGUUACCAUGACAACACUAGAUAUAUUUGUAUACAUCUCUGAUUCUAACAUUUUCAAUGUGAUCAGUGAACAUUUCAUGUGAUUGUUGUUAACUACUUUUUUUGUGAUGGUAAACUAAAACUGACUGGAGUUGAGUCAUGUCAGCAAGUAACCACACGAUUAGCACUCUUGCCUCACACCAAGAAGGCCCCGGUUCAAACCUCGGCUGGGGGAUCUGAAACAGAAAC